AUGGGUUUAUGCAAUAGUAAAACCAGAGAGGGUAAAUCACCAUUUUCUCUUAAUUUUAACGGCUUAAACUCAAAAAAUAUUAACUCACAAAACAGUCAUGAUCCUAAUAAAUUUUGUUUCGAGGAUGGUAGAAGAUUUCAUAAUGUAAAGGGUGCGGUAUACUUUUUACCUAAUGAUGAGGAUGAAUGUGAGAGAUUACAUUUACAGCAUUUUAUAGAGAGAUAUGUUUGGCAAAGUAACUUUUUCGCCCCUGUUGAUCAUCUUCUCAACCAAGAAGGUACAAAAGUUCUGGAUGUAGGAACAGGUGCUGGCUCUUGGUUACUUGAAAUGGCAUCUAAUUAUCCGAAAGCAAAAUUUAUUGGAAUGGACAUUUCACCAGUUCAGCCAGACCUUAUUAAACCUAAAAAUGAUUUAUUGAAGCAAAUUUGGCCCACCGUUGUUAAUGAGCUAGUUCGUGUGUUAAAACCCGGUGGUUAUAUAGAGUUAGCAGAAAGCGACUUUCAAUAUAGUAUUAUGGGACCUGCAACAACAAGGAUAAUUAAUGGCAUAUUAAUUAUGUUUGAUGAACGUGGUUUGGAUCCAACUGUAUGCUACAAAAUACGAGGCUUUUUAGAAGAGCAUGAGCAACUUCAUGAAGUUCAUUGUGAAAUAAAGAAAAAAUUAGAUGGUAAAGAUGAUGCCAAAUUAUGCAAAUUGUCAUAUGAAAAUUAUACUACUGCCCUCAUGACUAUGAAACCAAAACUUAUGAGUGUAAUUGGAGCUUCAAAUGAUGAAUAUGACGAACUUGUUAAAAAUAUGGGAAAUGAAUUAAUAGAAUUUGAAUCUUUUAAUUCACGA